AUGGAAACAGAAUUGAAAAAGUGGUUUGAGGUAAAAUUAGAUGAAAGUGACUGUGCUUCAGUAAAACGUUUUUAUUUGGAGCGUAGUGUUUUUAAUAUAAACAAAUGUGAUGAUUUUACUUCUAUGAUGUGCAUCUGUCGCAUUCUUGCUGCAGACCAGCGUGUACUGUGGGAACAUCUUUCGGACUCUUUCCUGGAGUCCUUUACAUCUCCUGUUGAUCUCUGGAACGAACAACUUGCUGUAAAGUUACUACGAUCAUGGAUUGAACAGCUGACUGAUAAGAUUACUGCAUCUCAGUUGUAUGAAACACUGGAAAAUCAUCUUAACAAGACGGUAAAACCGGUAACUUCUUUACCACUUGUGAAACCACAUGAUAAUGAUACUAGAGAGUCCAGUAAACUUCCAUACCUUGUUAUUCCUGCUUCUACAGGGGUGGAGGGUUCUCUUGUCUGCAACACACCGCUACCAGCAUUCGCAGAUCUUCUACGUGUACCUCGUAGUUCCAUGUUCUUCAUUGAUACAGUUGUAGAGUUUAGUGAACUGGGUCGAGUUGUUCAUGCAUCCACUGAACUAUCUGAUAUCUUUACAGAUGAUGAACCUCUUUUGGUUCUUGCUCUUAUUUACGAACGUUAUGUGGCGAAAGAUGCAUCCCAUUGGCGUGAAUUGAUUUCCUCAUGUCCAACUAUGUACCCUACCGUACCGAGUUUCUGGGAUUGGGAUGAUCUUGCAGAGCUUGAAGGCCUCGAUGUGUUGGAUGAUGUGUUAGCCAAGAGAGCGCAGUUGUUGCAGUUUCACACGGAGGUAAUGUCAGUAUUACCAAUAAUAUAUGAAGCUCUUGAGGGGCGAAGUGGACUUGAAAAAGAUGAUUUUUUGGAUCAAUUUAGUGUUGAAGCAAUCAUGUGGGCCCGCGCUACUUUUGACUCACGUGCUUUUAAUCUUCGCGUUGAUGAACGAGUCGUACUGUCAUUAGUGCCAAUUGCAGAUAUGAUUAACCACAAUAACCGUUCUAAUGUCCUUGUACGGAAGGUGGAACCAAAUAAAGGGGAUUUUGUCAUGCAGAUUGGACCUAGUUUAACUGCUGAGGAUGUUGGCCAUGAGUUAUGGAUGAGUUACGGUCCUCUCCAAAACUGGGAACUGUUGCAGUUUUACGGCUUUGUACUUGAGAACAACGAGUAUGAUAAGUUGCCGUUCCCCUUCGAUACACCAACAACAGUGACCGGUGAUGUGUGGGAUGAGCGACGGGCAUCACUGGUAGCGAAGUACGCACUGCAUCUUGUCGGUCGUUGUUGGAUUGGUUAUAGUGGACACCCGCCAGCAGCCCUUCUGGCACUAUUGCGAGUGCAUCUCGCCGAAGCGGAGGAGUUUGACAUUAUGGAGCGUGAAGGGCCGUUCGUGUCUUUGAGCACAAGUACAGAGUUGCGUGUUAUCCAGACAAUAGCUGAAACGGUUCAAUGUAUAUUGGACUUGUCAUCAACAUCAUUAGAGGAGGAUAUGGAGCGAUUGAAAGCGGACAGUACUGAGGGAACAGAGAGAAAAGAUAAUGAAGAUGAGGAUGAGGAUGGGGAUGGGGAGAUUCUUUCAGUUAACAAGAAACUCAGCACCAUACUUCGUAUGGGGCUUAAACGAAUUGCCUAUCGAUCGUUGGAAUGGUGUUCUUCUGCCAUGCUUUCCCUUUCGGCAUAA